GGGAGUGCAGAGGUGCCGGAGCUCGCCUGCGCUGUGCGUCCCAGCAGUGGGACCUCCCCAACCUGCAGGGCACAGCGAUGGGCGGUGUGGGGCAGUGAGGAGGAGGAGGGAGAAGAGUCUGCACCCCGGGAGCACAGCUGGAUGAGGGCCAGGAAAUGCUGCCAUGCCAAUGGAGAGCAGAAUCUCAAGGAAGUCGCCAGUGGGAGUCUGAAUGAGGAUUUCCCAACCUGGUCCCCGGCGAGGAGAGCGAGCUGCCUGCUGCUGUGCGAUAAGGGAGGUCCAGGAGGAUCUGAAUCGCUGACGCUACGGCACAAAGUUCUUAAGGAGCGGUGCCUUCAGCAUGGCCUGUAAAAGCCCGGCUGGUGGGAUUGAGAAAAACAGCUCUCUUUCCUCCGUCCUCUAUUGUAAGAGUGAUUUAAAGGAAGGAUCCCUGCAGUGGGCGAAAGAACCCCGCAAUGGCCAGGUGCUCAUGGUGCUCAGCAUGGACAACACCUGCUCAGCCGCCUCCUUCGACAUGGAGCUCUGUGCAGAGAAACUGCAGUCCCUGGGGGUUCAGCAGGCGGCAGCGGGUGAGUGGAGGAGGCUGAUCGAGGAGGCAGUCCUGAAGCCUGAAGUGAGGCGGUACCUCUUCUACAACUCCAGGGCUUUCCAGAUAGCCAUUGCUGUGGUUUUCUACAUGUCCCUCUGGACAAACAUUUACACCACGGUCCAGCUCUGCUCCUUCGGGCGCUACUGGGAGGCCAGCGUGCUGGUGACCCUGGCUGCGGUGGCUGUCACUGUGGUUGUGAUCCUGGUCAUUGACCACCGCCAGAGGAAGAUAAAUAUGAAUACAGAUGUGCGACUGGCAGCUGUCAAUGAAUUCUUUAUCAAACACAGCUUAAUUCUGGGGAUUACUGACGUCCUGGAUGGGCCACACAGCAUCCUACAACUGUGCUUUGUGCACUUCAGCCCCGAGCGCUGCCUUCAGUCCCUGUCAGCCCACAUCGCGGAGCUGCGGCAGGCACAAGAGCUGGGCUGGCGGCACAGGCUGGACCAGCUCUGUGUGAUGAUGGAGGUGGCUGUUCCUACAGCAGAGGACACUUCGUGUGAGGAAUCACCUCUCCUAUCCGGUGGGGAGAGCUUCAAGAAAGAACCCAUAAUGUGCAAUGAGCUGCUCCACCUCAUCCCUGAGGGCCCCCCAGAGUUUUCUGCUUGCUGUUACUAAAUGAAUUCAGUGCAGAUGACAUCCCUGUUGGUAGAAGCUCUCCAGCCAUCUGAUGGCAAAAAAAAAAAAGCCACCCGAGAGGAGGUGAUGGCAGAACAGGAGGGUUCCUGAGCAGCCUGGCUCCCUGCCACCCCAUCCCUGCAGCCCCCCAGCCCUGGGCUGGCCAUGCUGCCUGCCCCCAGCCUGACAUGUCACUGUCCUGGGGGGCAGCGUGCAAGCACUGCUGACCAGAAGGGGAUGUGGAACAGUUAUGUAUCCGUCCUUGGCUUCUGUCCUGAUUCUGUUGGGCAAGAGCAGUGUUUGAAUGAGGCAGACACUGACCCU